AUGGCCGCGUCAUCGCAUCGCUCGUCCAUCGCAACCACCAUCAUCCACAGCCCCGUCGUGCAUCUUCUUCUACUGCUCUUACUCUUCGUGCUCCGAUCCUCCGCAGCCUCGUCAGCCGAACCCCCUGUCGGCAAUGAUGCGUCAAAUCCUUCUCACUCAAGCAUAGCCGCUGCCGCCUCUGCCGCUGCAGCCGCAGAUUUAGGAGAUAGUGUAGGCACAGGCGUGGGUUUGGGACUGGAAGCAGCCGCAGGGGUAGCGGCGGAUCAAUUCAUCUCUACGGAUGACCUUACUGCGGCGAACGGAGCGGCAGACGCGGCGACAGGCGCAGCGGGGCCGGAGGGUUUCAAUCCGAAAAUAGCGGGAAUUGAGGAGGAGGAGCGGUUGGUGAAAGAUCUGCUGACGUGGCUGGAGGAUAAAGGCGUGAAAGGGAUUAGAGACGAGGAUGCGGCAGUUAAGGUAUUCAUUGACGCCAACACCACUCUCAAGGCGUCCGGCAGGUCACGGGCGAACCUCCGCAUGGUGGCGCGGCGCCCCAUCGCGGAGGGCGAGGCGUUUCUGUCGCUGCCUCGCUCGCUCGCCCUCUCCGAAUCUCACGCGCAGGAAGAGGCAAAGCCGUAUGAGGGGGAGGUGCACCCAUUCACGGCGCUGGCGGCGUGGGUGCUGAGGGAGCGGGGCAAGGGGCGCGCGACCCUGUGGGCGCCCUUCGUGCGCCUGCUGCCCGCCCACCUGCCCUUCCCCCACCUCUUCUCUGACCGGCUUCGCACGGAGCUCCAAUCCCAGUCACUGCUCUUAGCUACAGCAGAGCACAAGCGGAUGCUGUCAGAAGAGUACAAAAAGUGCCGGCCAGAGGCCAUUGCGAAUGCAAGUGAGGAGGAGUUCCUGUGGGCGGUGGGCAUGGUCACGUCGCGUAUGUUCACACUCCCUACAAGCAACAGCACUGCCAGCGGUGAUGCCAGUGGCGGCAGCAACAACAGCAGCAAUGCUGCGAGCAGCGGCAGUGAGACAGUGUUCUUCCCCUAUGCGGAUCUGUUUGACACGGACAACGACCCUGUCGCCAUGUGGCUGGCCAACGACACGCACAUCACCUUCACAGCCACGGCCAACAUCUCCCAGGGCCAGCACGUGAGCGUGGAGACCGGACUUUUAGCGAACGAUGAGGCGCUGCUGACCCGCGGCAUGGCGCUGGGCACCAACUACCGGGACAGCGCGGACGUGUUUGAAUUCCCCGAGGCCGCCAUCGACUUCUUCGGCCGAACCUACUUCAGAACGCACUGGGAAUCGUUCAUGGAGACUGACGUGGAGCAGGUGUUUGCUGACAUGGAAAAGGCACUCAAGGCGGAGGUGACCAAGGACCGGUACAAGGGCAUACCAGACGAGCCAGAGUUCAGGAUUGACACACAGGCGAGCCUCAGAGUUUGGUUCGGCGGGAGGCUCGAUCCGAGGCUGCUGGGAGGUCUGGCAGCCCUGCAUGCACACGUGAUGAACAAGGAAGCCCCUGACUAUGCUGCACUAGCACGGCCAGUGGUGGACUACAGCUGGCUAAAGGAACCCAAGACCACGUGUGACGACUACGCCGCCUCGCUCCCCGACAACCUCGGGGACUCCAUCCCCGCAGCCGGCACGGGCAUUCUCGAGCGCGCGAAACAGAUGCUGCAGGCCAUGGGGACGACACGGGAGGGGGAUGAGCAGCGCAUGUAUGUGGUGCAGGCGUGCAAGGAGCAGGUGUUAUAUGGGACCUACCCCGGGGAUAAGCCGCUCAUGUGCCCGCCUGAGUUUGUGCGCGAGUUGCCGGACUGGGAAGCGGCUUUGGCUUACAGGCUGUCAAAGAAAGAGGUGCUGUCGCAUGUGAUUGCCCGCCUCACAGCCACAUGCGAGGCUUAG